GGUGAUCAGUAUCAGAGCAAGAUGUCCUGCCCUUCUCCCGAUCCUGAAACGGACCUGAAUCCAAUAGUAUUUGGAAAUCGGGCAUCUGCAUGGCUCGUUCCACCUGGUGUUACGUCAGUGGCCACUGAGGGUGGAGCUGGUCACUUAAUGCCAUGUCACGGUUCAAGGGCCAAAGUGAGCAUCAUGGACUCUCCGGCCUGUUACUCGCGAGGGUUGUUCCUCCACUUUCAAGCAAGCCAUCCCGUCUUGCCGCUUGGGUUGCGGUCUGCUACAACAAAGAAACGGUAGUCGAAGAUGUGAAUGCAGUGCUACGGAAGGUCAGCGACAGGUUGCGCUGUUUCAGAUCAGUCGGUAUGCCCAUACGGGAUUCCGAACGUGUCUGCACCUUCGAUGGACUGCCAAAUCAAUGGCAGAUUUCCAACACGACUGCGGGGAUUUCUUGGGUUACUGUGAAAAAGCUAGUGGUUGGAAAGCCUAUCCGCAUCGAAUCUACUGGUAUACGCACUGUUGGUGAAAUGAAAGAUGCGAUUAAACUCGAGUGGGGGAUCCCAGCUGACCAACAAUUUCGUCUCGUACUUACAGGGAAACACCUGCAAGAGGGAAGGCUCCUGUCGGAUUACAACGUCCAAUUGGAGAGUACCCUGGUGCUGAUCCUGCGAUUACGCGGAGGAGGAAUGUUCCCCUUUGUUUCUAUCGAAAAUGGGAGUUCAAUUCUUGAUUAUGAUCGAUCAGCACCUAUAUGGCGGAUUGUUCAGCCUGGACUCAACCUGCAGGGAACAUGCAAUACUACUCGAUGCCCAGCGUACAACAAGGUUACCUAUGUUCCAAUGGGUAUUGGCAUUUUCAAACUCCAUACUCUUGACCAGAGCGACACACACGGACGUCUCCUGAGCCGUUGCCCUGUAUGCCUUUCUGACUCGGAAAUGGCUGGGAUGGGCUUCAUGGAAUGUAUGUGGAGUGCCUGGGGUGGUAAAAUUUCGCCGACAGGAUCGAUCGACUUUUUUAAGAAGCAGGAUCAACUAGUCAAGCCGGAGGACAAGUCCCCGGUAUUCUGCAUUACUCUCUGCUCAUUAUCGCUUCCAUACCAACUGUUCAUAUUCAGUUCUUCUCGCCAGGGAAGAAACCUACAACACUUUUUUCAUCAAGACAGAGGUCCUGUAUGAACCUAUCUGCAUUUUCUGUGAUCGCGGUGUCACGGCCAACGAACAGAAUGCCUUA